AUGUUCGCCAAGUCUGUCUUUGUCGCCCUCGUGGCCGGUGUCCUCGGUGUCACCGCUGGCUACGACCCUGCUCACAUGCCCGCCAAGACCGACGCCAAGGGCGGUCAGACCGGCUACAACGACUGCCAGCAGCGUUACGGCGCUUCCAGCCCCACCGCCAAGUGCCAGAACGUCUACAUCAACUCGGUCAAGGACUUCUGUCUCUGGGGUCCCCCUAACACCAAGAACUCGGACACCGUCGGUGACCUUGAGGCCGUCAUGGUCGCCUACUGCAUGAAGUCCGGUUACGGUACCCGUCUCAUCCCCGACGGUACCAUCCACGGCGCCCACUUCCUCAAGACCCCCUCCUUCGUCCAGGUCACUGGUACCGGUGACUUCACCAAGAUCCACAUCCGCGCUGGUGAUGAGGGUGGAGAGCUCGACCCUCACGGUGCUACUGGCUCCGGUAACCCCGUCGGUGGUGUCGUCUUCACCCGCGCCUACACUGGCAACUGGGAGCAGCUUCCCGAGUGGCAGAACUUCAUGUCGGCCACCGAGUACUGCUUCCGUGCUUGCCGUGAUGGUCCUUGGGACCGCCAGUGGUGCCCCCACAUCUACGAUGUCAUGGGCUGCAUGUGGAACGAGCCCGCCAACUACGACCGAAAUGUCUUCGAGCAGUGCGACGGUACCGAGGGUGCUUGGCCCGGUGUCUACUCGGGCUCCACCUGGUACCAGGGUGUCAAGCCCACUCCUCGUGCCCAGCCCGCUGGCAAGAGCUCCAACUGCCGAUACUACCCCUCGAUCUCCACCGGCAAGGCCAUCAAGACUCCCUCGAAGCGAUCCGUCGUCGAGACCCAGGUCAAGCGCUCGCCCGAGUGGGAGGACGAGCCUUAA